AUGGAGACCAUUGUUGUCAUGAAUGACUGUCCAAUGGGGCUGAUCCAGGAGUGCCAACAGAAGCAGCAGCAACACUCCAGUGUCAACGUGGAACAUGACUCGGUGCUGAGUGCCAACUUGUUUGCGAAUCAGGGUCAGGGCAAUUUCGAAUCCUAUCAGUCUCACUCUCAGUCACACCAUCACCAUCGCGACGAUACAGAAACAGACAAGGGGAGGAGGCCUUCAGGGCACGUCGCUGAGGAGAACCGCUUCCCACACUCCUCCCAGGGCAUCGACAAUGCUGUGCACUCCUAUGACUCUAGGAUAGGUUCCGGCCACCAGAAGGGAGCCUCUUUCUCUCACGAACACACCUCGCCUCCGAUGCUCACCCGAUUCCCUUCGGCAGCGUCCCUCACCCCCCUCCCCGCUGUCUUUUCUACAGAGCAGCAUCAUCAACAACAAUAUUCACCCUCUUACCACCACGACAACAACAACAACAAAAACCACCUCCCUUCCCCCAACUCCUCUUCUUCUUCCCGCCAUCGCCCCUCCUCGAAACACUACCAGCAACACUACCAGGAGUAUCCUGCUCACCCUGUCGCCACCAUUCUGUCCAUGUCCGACUCCACACCCACUGCCCGUGCACGUAUGAGCCAGGAGAGAGUCAUGCUCCCGCCUAAUGCCAGCGAUCUCUCCGAGGUCCCAGCUGGCGCAUUCGCGGAGGGGGAAGUGUUAGAGAUCGAGAUGUCUGACUGCGACGUCUGGGACCAUUACUCCUCCGAUCCCUACUCUUCCGACCACACUCGACAAGCCCGCGCUCGCUGUUCGUCCUCCACCCUCUUUGACGAGGCCCGUCCUCCUUCUAACCAAGGCUCAUACCACUCCAAGCAUGACGGCUCCGACAGCCCUAAAUCCAGCCCGGUCCUCUUUCAUACCAACAAAACGUUUCAACACCAGCAGCAAUUGCACUAUGAGCAGGCUCAACAGCCUCCCAAGAAACAGGUCAUCGUCUUUCUUGACCAGUCGAGCCACCCCCACCACCAGCAGCAAGAUCACUACGAUCAGAGCUACACGACCGACAAGAAAGGUUCGAUCCACACGCAAGAUACGGCCAGUACCAAUUCGUGUGGUGACAGUCCGUCAUGGACGACGGGAGCGCGAUUAAAAAUAGAACCUUCUACUCCCAUCCGGCCCGCGUCCGGCCACCACCACCACCGUCUUACUACCUCCCACCAGCACAGUCAACAGCAGAGCACCAAAGGUUCUUCACCGUUGACUGCACCCACUACUCCUUUGACGCCCACUCCCGCUGAAUUGGACACGCCCACCAAGAACUUGAUGAUCUUUAACAAGAUUCCCCGCCAAUGGCCUGCCUCGCAAGAGACGCUACACCACCACUAUGUAUCCAAGGCUAACAAGAAGGCACCACCGGUGAUCAAGGAGUUCGAUAUGGCCACUGCAGAACGUAUCGACCGUGUCAUCAACAAAGAACGGCCCUUGAACAGAGCCGCCAAAGAGCGACUUGCAGCUGAACAGAAAGAGGCAGAGCUCGAGGCUCGCGGCUUCUUUGACCCUGCUCGUCGAUGGAAAGGUCGCGAUGUCUAUCCCCGUCCAGCGAACUGGGUCUACUGCCGUCGGACUAAGAACAACUGGUUCGAAAAGACAAAGAUUCUUGCCCAUAACUACAAGCUGUUUAAGAAUCAGGUCCUCGGCAAGGGUCAUCAUGCGGAUGUCUACAAGGGGAUGGACCUUACAACUGGCCAAGACCUGGCCAUCAAGGUCAUCUACAAGACUGUCAACCGUCGGUUCGGCUUUGUCAACGAGGAUCCUAUGCAAGAAGUCAAGAACCGUCGUCUCUUAAACGAGGCCUGGUUCAUCGACUACCUCAAAGACGGACCUGGCAUCUGCAAAAUGAUCAGUGUGGUCGAGACGGCGACCAAGUUCUACUUCGUUAUGGAGCUAGCUCAGUCGGACCUCAACUCGUAUUCCAACGGGAUCAACAUGCGCGAGGAGGAGAUCCGGCAUAUCCUCAAGCCCAUCUUUGAUUGUCUCAAGUAUGCACACAGUCAGGACAUCACCCACCGUGACAUCAAGCCUGAGAACAUUUUGCUCCGAACCAAGAAGGAUUGGCUUCGCAACAAUGGGCAUACCGAGGGAUCAAUUCACCCCAAGUCCAAGAGUAGCAGCAGCAAGGCCAACACCCUCAACACCCUCAACACCUACACCAGCCACAACACCAUGGUCAACAAUAACCAUCGCAACGACCACACAGCUGGUCUCCGCAUCCUCAACGACAGCUCGAGCAUCUUGAGUAGUACAUUCGCCAACGAGAGCUCUUACAUGGACAUGACUGACGAUGCCGAUGGCCGUUCGUCCAUUGACUCUUCGACUCUGUACAACUUUGACCAUCGGUUUGAUGCCUUCUUGGCGGAUUGGGGUCUUGCGGUUGAGCAUGACUGCAACAGUGGUCGGAAGCCAGUCGGAACCCCACUCUAUGCCGCGCCCGAGGUCGUCCGCAAGAUGAAGCGCAUUCGUCGUCGCGAAUGGAUCAACUACCGAGCAUGCGACAUCUGGAGUUUGGGCGUCACCAUGUUUGUCGUUGCGAGUGGAAUAUACCCAUACCACACACACGAUGCGCUUGAGGCUCAGUCGCCACCCAAUUGGGCAGCACUCGAAUCGUCGGGCAUGUCACGAGAGUACAUUGCGUUCACCCAGCGUCUGAUGAACCUCACCGCGGAGCAUCGCCCAUCAGCAGCCGAGGCAUGCAACGAUCCUUGGCUCCAGGGUUAA